AUGGAUGACGAUGAAAAUGACUCAAAAUCAACGGGAGCUCAAAAUUCUGAUGAAGGACCUGGAAAGGAAUACGAGAUUUACAUCAAAGUGAGUGAUUUUUUUUUUCUUAGUACUUCUAAACAACUGGAUUUUUCGAUUAAUUAAAAAAAAUAAUAAUUUCAAUUUCAGAACGAAGAAAUGGUAGACAAACUCAAGUUAUUAAACUACGAGGCCGGUUUCUUAUCGAUGGGAGGUGCUUAUAAGCCGAUUCAGAGGUAAUUUUAUAUUUUCCAUCACAAAAAUAGCUAUGGCCGCAUUUGGAAUGGCUCAAUGUCGCUCUAAAGUUGAAAAAAAUUUUUCAAUUUUUUUGUCCAGAUUUUUCUCUUCCAAAAAUUGGUUUCCAGCUAAAAAUGCAAUUUUUUUCUUUUUAACUAUAAAACUCAAAAAACAUUUCUUUAUAUAUUUAUGACUCUAAUCGACGCAAAAAAGUCAAAAAAGGUUAAAAAUCAUUUUCCAGACAUUAUUUCGUCAAAUCAACAAACGUCGGCGAGCAAUUCUUCCUCUUUACUUCAUUAGCCGCCUGGUUGAUAAGAAAAGCGGGCAAAGAGGAUUUUCCAAUGCCUCAAGAGGUUUAUAUAUUUCACAAAAUGGCUGUGAACAGCAAGAGCUUGUGCGCUCCAUCGCUGAAUUUUGAUUUUUUGAAUGAAUUUCGAUUUUCGGUGAGUUUCUUAGUCUAUUUUAUAUGAUAAUAAGCCACAGAGCGUCAAAAAAAAAUUGUUUUUCGCGGUUUUUUUUUCUGGAAAUAACCGCCGCGGCAGGCAAGACCUUGUGCGCUCCAUAGCGAAAUCGUAAUUUUUGAAGCUGAAUAUUGUUAAUCUUAACGAUAAUUAGUCAAAAAGACACGAUUUCUUCAAAAUUUAGCAAUGGAGCGCAGAAAAUAACUUUCGGUGGCUAUUUUUUACCCUAAAAUUUUUUUUCAGUUUGAUGAUCCAAAUUCGACAAUCGCUUCUAUCAUCGCCGAGCUACGUAACAAGGUAAGUAUUAUUUGA